AAGAAAAGAAGACAUCGCCACCAUGACUUCUACGCAGAGCAACGGAAGCCAACGCAUUUGUCGCGGCCUUCUUUAAGGCUUGGACAAAGAGUCAACUUGAAGGAUCCGUCCCUUGAGAAAGCCAAUUUCAACGGUCGCAAUCAUCUCCAGGGUGGCCGUUGGGUCGAAGUAGGGGGCCAGACUUGGAGAUUCAAAGGAAAAGGGACUACCGAGAUGUCGGAGAAGACGAACACUGUCACGGUUUCGAGGAGGUCAACGAGGCUCUUUGUCGAAGAGCAACAACUUAUGGAGGCGGGAAUUGCGGGGCAGCUGGGAUACGAGUCGAGGUACCCUCCUUGUGAUGAGAAAGAAAGAGAGAGACCACAACGAGAAGUUGUGACUUCGUCAAGGAGCAUCCAAGUUCUACGAAUGCCAGUGGUUGAUCUUGGGAAAGUCUUGUGUCCAAUAUUUCCGACCACCUCGGAGGGCAUAGCAAAGCAAGUCAUAAAGAGCCUUCAAGCCGCCAACGCGUCAACCAAAGCGAAGACCGACUCCCGACCUGUCAACUUUGGCGUUGUUCUUCCUGGGUCGCUGUACCGCUCUUCGUACCCAACCAAUGAAGACUAUGGAUACCUCGACACUCUCGGCUUGAAGACCAUUCUCUCCCUUGUAAAGAAUGAUCCUUUCCCGGACCAUUUUGCAUCGUUCAUGCAACGCAAUGAUAUUCGCCACUGUGUCAUUGACAUGCAAGGAACGAAAAAGGUCAAGAUCCCCGAGGCCAUUAUGCAUUCUAUCAUGAAGGUCGUUCUGGACGAUUCUAAUUAUCCCUUGUUGAUACAUUGUAACCAUGGAAAGCAUCGGACCGGCUGUGCUGUAGCUGUAUUGCGACACGUCACAGGUUGGAAUCUCGAGUCAGCCCUGGAGGAGUACAGAGGCUACGCGGAACCCAAAGUUCGAGAUUGCGAUGUUGAAUACAUCAAGGAGUAUCAAGCAUCGACCUUGCGAGGUCUCUUCGCCGACAAUACCCACAGAUCAGACGAUACAGUGCUUCAAGGGCCUAGAAUGGCGCAAAUGGUCAUGUUUACGGUUAUGGUUAUAAUGAUCUUGCUGGCCACGGCGUUGUUCUGGUGAGAAAAGUGCCGGGAUUUAUGGAAAUGGAGGCAAUAGAGAUGGCUUUGGAGUUUGGAUGGAAUUCUUCAAAACCUGGCAUGAAUAUUGCAGCGACAAAUCGAACAGGCAUUCCU